UGAGGCCGAAUGACAGAUACUCUACAUUGUUUGUUAUGCUUGGUAGAUUAUGUGUGUUAAAUGGCAUUUUUUACUAACAGUGUCUCUUGUUUACAAUAGGUUUAUCAGAAUGCAUGCCAUCAAAUGCCAAAGACUCUCCAUAUUUGAGAAUGAUUUGAUGAAUAUAAAACUCAGGGAAACAAACAAGUUAGCCCUUAGAGACUUAAGCUGCUUUUGGUUGUAAUGGCAAGAUGAUGUGUGUGUGGACGUAUGUAUGUAUGUAUGUAUGUAUAUGUGUAUGCAACACACAGACACAUACACACACACACACACAAGUUUUUUCUCUCUACAGUCAGGCUCUUGAAUUUUGCUUAUUGUAACUGACAACUGUCCUUUUUUUUUUUUUCAGAGGGCCAAGCCUCCCAAGGCUCAAAGGGCUGAGCAACAUCUGAAAAGAAUCCAGCGCAGCUACCACAAGUACCAUACUACUUUGGCUUCCAUUAAGUCCAAUGAGCAGGAACGCCUGCGAAUUGACUGGAUGCAGCACAAAGACCGCACAUGCAUUAACAGUCGUGUGCAAGCUAGAGUCAAGGAUGCCAUGCAAGGCUUCAUCAUCAACACCGAAGAGAGGCGGAAUAAGCUACGUGAACUUUUAUCAUCAGAAGAAAAUGAGUAUUUUACUGAACUACAAUUACAAGGAGAAACCAUUGAAGAGAAAAAAGACAGAAUGAAAGAGAAAACAAAGUUAUUAAGAGAGAAGAAGGAAAAAGAGAGGCAGGAUUUUGUAGCUGAAAAAUUAGAACUGCAAUUCAGGGAGCGCUGUGAGGAGCUUCGCAGUAAACUGGUUAACAUCCACGAGAAAAAGGUGGUCAAGGAGCGGAAAGAGCAGAUAGCAUUCAACAAGGAGCUGCAGAGGCAGAAGCUGGUGGAAGAGCAGAUGUAUGCCAGGCUUUGGGAGGAAGAUAGACUAGCCAAGGAAAAGCGAGAAGCUCAAGAAGAGAGGAGACAGAAACAGCUAGUGGAAAAUACACGCCUAGGGCUGGAUGCUCAAGUAACCAGCCUCCAGGCACAAAGGCAGGCUGCACAGCAGAAGAAGGAAGAGGAGGGCCGCCUCCUGGAGCAGAACAGAGCACAGAUUAAACUAGAGGACGAAAAAGAGAAGCUCUGGAAGCAGAAGACAAAGCAGGAAACUAGGAACAAUUUGCAGAAAGCCUUGCAAGCAAAGAUAGAGACUAUGCAACAGGAGCACAGAGAGGAUCAGGACUUGAACAAGAAACUCGUGGGAAGGGCCCUUCAAGACUUGCAAGAGGAGGCAGAUAAGAAGAAGCAGAAGAGAGAAGAGAUGGAAAGAGAGCAAAAGAUAUACAACAACUAUCUAAUGCAGCGACGAAUGGAAGAAAAAGCCCAGGAGAAAGAACUAGACAGAAUACUAGAAGACAUAAAAGCAAAGAAGUUGGCAGAGCUGGCACUUGAAAAGGAAGCAAGGAAGCAACUCGUGAACGAAGUCAUGUGUACAAGAAAACUCCAAGUUCAAGAAAAGAAGGAACGAAAACUCAAAGAACAAGAAAAACUGGCUAUGGAACAAGAACGUAUAAAUGAAGGCCUGAAAGAGCUCAACUGCGAAGAGAUGAAGAAUUUUGCCAAGCGCUGUAGUUUGGCUAAGGAGUAUAAGAAUCACCUUCAGAUGCAAAUUGCCCAUCAUCUUCAUGUUCUCAAAGCAGAGAAGGAAGAGGAGCGCCAGGAUUUUGAAGCAGGGGUAGCAGCAAACAAAGCCUGCCAGGACAAGAUCCAGGAGAUCCUCGCAGAUCCUCACGCUCUGUCUUACAUCACUCACCCCAUGCGCAGGACUUGGCCUGACAAGCUCCCACUGUAGUCUGUUUAACAUCAGUGUGUAUUUUCUGGGUCUUUUAGUA